AUGCGUGAGAUUGUUCACCUCCAGACUGGCCAAUGUGGUAACCAGAUUGGUGCUGCUUUCUGGCAGCAAAUUUCCGGGGAACACGGUCUUGAUGGCUCUGGAAUCUACAAUGGAAACUCUGACCUUCAACUUGAGCGCAUGAACGUCUACUUCAACGAGGCCUCUAACAACAAAUAUGUCCCACGCGCAGUCCUUGUCGAUCUCGAACCUGGUACGAUGGAUGCCGUUCGUGCUGGUCCUUUCGGUCAACUUUUCCGUCCUGAUAACUUUGUCUUUGGCCAGAGUGGUGCUGGAAAUAACUGGGCCAAGGGUCACUACACAGAAGGUGCCGAGCUUGUUGACCAAGUCCUUGAUGUUGUUCGGCGUGAGGCCGAGGGCUGUGACUGCCUGCAGGGCUUCCAGAUUACACACUCUCUUGGUGGUGGUACUGGUGCUGGUAUGGGCACUCUCCUGAUCUCCAAGAUUCGUGAAGAAUUCCCAGACAGAAUGAUGGCUACCUUCUCCGUCGUGCCAUCUCCAAAGGUCUCUGAUACAGUUGUUGAGCCAUAUAACGCUACACUGUCAGUGCACCAGCUUGUUGAGAACUCCGACGAGACUUUCUGCAUUGACAACGAGGCUCUUUACGAUAUUUGCAUGCGAACCCUGAAGCUCAGCGCUCCCUCGUACGGCGAUCUGAACCAUCUCGUCUCCGCGGUCAUGUCUGGUGUUACAACGUGCUUGAGAUUCCCAGGUCAACUGAACUCCGAUCUCCGAAAACUGGCAGUCAACAUGGUGCCGUUCCCACGUCUACACUUCUUCAUGGUUGGCUUCGCACCACUCACCAGCCGAGGUGCUCACUCAUUCCGCGCCGUCACAGUUCCAGAGCUUACACAACAAAUGUACGACCCUAAGAACAUGAUGGCUGCCUCCGAUUUCCGAAACGGCCGAUACCUUACCUGCUCUGCCAUCUUCCGAGGUGCCGUUAGCAUGAAAGAGGUUGAAGAUCAGAUGCGCAACGUACAGACAAAGAACAGCAGUUAUUUUGUCGAAUGGAUUCCAAACAACGUCCAGACCGCUCUUUGCUCGAUCCCACCUCGUGGCCUGAAAAUGUCCUCGACCUUUGUCGGUAACUCGACCUCUAUUCAAGAACUAUUCAAGCGUGUUGGUGAUCAGUUCACUGCUAUGUUCCGACGAAAGGCUUUCUUGCAUUGGUAUACUGGUGAGGGUAUGGACGAGAUGGAAUUCACCGAAGCUGAGUCGAACAUGAACGACCUGGUCUCCGAGUAUCAACAAUACCAGGAUGCCUCCAUCUCAGAUGCUGAAGAGGAGUACGAGGAGGAAGCGCCUCUCGAGGCCGACGAGUAG